AUGCCCUUUGCUACUCGCACUGAAGAUUUUCUCUUCGUGAAAAACGUCACUGGCUUGCCGUGGAAGGAGACCGAUCGCCGAGUCAGCAAUGCCACCAAGGCCAUGCAGAAGCACGAAUUCUGGGAGCGCUGUCGUUCGGCAGCAGAAGUUGACAAGGCCCGGUGGAAGUCUCUCCAGGACGCCAUGGCCAGAGAUGCUUGCGUUGUGGAUAUCACAUUUGAGGGGGAAUGGGAUAAGGUUGGACCCAGCGUCCAGGUGUCUCAGGAGGUUGCGCGAACACCAACAGCGGUACCGCAGACUGGCUCAUCUCCGUUCGUGCACCCGCUCCGGGCACAGGAUGCAGGGAAGGGGCGCGCCAAUAGCAGUGGAAGUGGUUGGACUAGGAAUUCCGGGCUGCGCAACGAAGUGCAGUUCUAG